AUGGCCCAUUAUUCUUCCUCCUCCUCUUCUGUAAGGGCCCGCUUCGAGAAGAUGAUUAGAGAAGCUCAGGACCCCGUCUGCACCGCCCUUGAUGCCGCCGACGGUUGGGCCAACUUCAAGGAGGAUGUUUGGUCCAGGCCCGGCGGCGGUGGCGGCAUCAGCAGGGUUCUUCAGGACAAGGCCAUUUGGAAGAAGGCUGGAGUUAAUGUCUCCGUUAUUUACGGCAUCAUGCCGCCAGAAGCUUACCGCGCUGCAAAAGCUGCCGCUUCUCCUGACCAGAAGCCUGGUCCUAUCCCGUUCUUCACCGCUGGAAUCAGCUCCGUUGGGGAAGCAAAUAUUCAAGAAAGUCUAGAUAGAGCAGUGGCAAUAAUAACUUGGAAGGAAGCAUUCCUAGAAGGAGUGGUAAAGCAUUUUCAAAGAUACAGAUCAGACCAUUGUCCAAUCCUAAUCGAUGUUCAUGGGGAGAGCUUAAAAAGGAAGAGGCCAUAUAUUUGGGGAGCAAAGCAUUGCAAGAAUGGAGAAAAGAGAAAUUUGGGGAACUUCCGAAACAAAUAA